UCCUCCCUCUCUGUAAGUCAUAAGUGCUGUUUCUGCAGUUAUAUCUUUCUCUCUUUUUAUCUCUCUCUCCAGUAUUUAAAUAGAGAAGUAAUAUAGACAAAGUGGUAGUGAGAUGAUCAUGUUCGAGUCAAGAAGCAGUGUGAGAGGUUCAAACUCAGUCCCAGAUCUGUCUCUUCAGAUCAGCCUUCCAAACUCUCACGCCGAGAAACCCCUUCACGGCAGUGAACGGAGCUUCACCACAAGCAGUGACUCCGGAAGCAGCCUCAGUGAGUUAAGCCAUGAGAACAGCUUCUUGAAGAAACAUCUCUUGAGCCUAGGCUUUGAUCAUCAUCAUCCAUAUCAUCAUCAUCAGAGGCACAGCUCAAACAUGUUCCAACCACAAAUCUACGGACGAGAUUUCAAGAGAACCUCAUCUUCUGUGGUUAGUCUUAAACGAAGUAUCCGAGCUCCAAGAAUGAGAUGGACUUCUACUCUCCAUGCUCAUUUCGUCCAUGCUGUUCAACUUCUUGGAGGCCAUGAAAGAGCAACGCCUAAAUCAGUCUUGGAGCUGAUGAAUGUGAAGGAUCUAACCCUAGCUCAUGUCAAGAGUCACUUGCAGAUGUAUAGAACAGUGAAAUGCACUGAUAAAGGAUCAUCAGGAGAAAGAAAGGUGGAGAAAGAGGCAGAGCAGAAGACAGAGGACAAUAAUAAUAAUAAUGAAGACGCUGACGCUGACCCAAUUUCGCCAAACUCACCAUCUGUGCAAAAGACCCAAAGAUCUCCUUGGUCUUCCACUAAGGGAGUGUCUAUGAGCAUAUCACAAGCAGAUCCUCACAUGGAAAUAUAUCGUAUCACUAAGGAUGAUGUGGAGAAAGAUCAUCUCAGCUUGGAAUUCACCUUGGGGCGGCCGAGUUGGGGGAUAGACCAUGUGUAAAUCAUCCAGCGAUCUAACCUUUAUCAAGUGCUAAUUGUUUCACUUGGAGAACUACAAUAAAUUAAUAAGUCAGCUUAGUUAUUUUUUAAUCAGCUUAGUUAUAUCUAUUUAACAUAUUAACUUGUUUGAUCAUAUGGACUUUGGAAGAAUCAUUAUCAUCUUAUAUGUACGAUCUUCCGUACUGUUCACGAGAUUUUUGUGAUGCAUAAACAAGGGAUUUGGGUUAAGUAGUAGGCAUGGUAUUGUGGUAGU